AUGGCUGGCACCACACAUGCAUCCCUUCUUCGAGUAGCAUUUGGCGAGAGCUCGAUUGACACUAGAUCGGCUUCCAGAAGGGCCUUCGCCGCAAUUAAUUUGGAGAAUUUCAAUGAAACCACAUCGAAUUCGUCGUCCACUUACUCUUCAUCUUCUUUGGUCCCAAGAUCAGGCUUGGGCUCCCCAACCUUGGCUAACCUGGUUUUACAAGUUGCUUCGUCCGACCUUAUUGAUUCAGCUAAGAUAGUAAGCUUUAGUGUAUACGCGGACAUGUUGGUAAGUAAUGAAGAAAUAAUUGAAGCUACCGUGAAGGAACUCGCCAAACUAUUUCCUGAUGACAUCUCGACUGAUCUGAGCAAAGCCAAAAUAUUGAAAUACCAUACCGUGAAAGCUCUUAGGUUAUCCAAUGAAUAA